GGCAGCCCGCGGGGGUCCUCGCGAGCGCGACUAGGCGGCGCACAGCGGGCGGGGCGCUUCCUUUUGCUCUCGGCAGUCACGGUGGCAGGAUGGGGAAGUGUCGUGGUCUCCGCACCGCUCGCAAGCUGCGCAGCCACCGCCGCGACCAGAAGUGGCACGACAAGCAGUACAAGAAGGCUCACCUGGGCACGGCGCUGAAGGCCAACCCGUUUGGCGGCGCGUCCCACGCCAAGGGGAUCGUCCUGGAGAAAGUUGGAGUAGAAGCUAAACAGCCCAACUCUGCUAUCAGGAAGUGCGUGAGAGUCCAACUCAUUAAGAAUGGCAAAAAAAUAACAGCCUUUGUUCCCAACGAUGGCUGCCUGAACUUCAUUGAGGAAAAUGAUGAAGUGCUGGUUGCUGGUUUUGGUCGGAAGGGUCACGCUGUUGGUGACAUUCCUGGAGUUCGCUUCAAGGUUGUCAAAGUAGCCAAUGUUUCUCUGUUGGCCUUGUACAAGGGCAAGAAAGAGAGACCAAGAUCAUAAAUUUCUAUUAACUUGCCAAGAAUAUCAAUAAAAUUUUUGAUUGGAAAA